GAGGGUGCCUGUGGGCGCGGUGGGCAGCCAGCCUGAGGGCAGCCUGGGUCCAGGGCUGGGAGGUGAACGGACGGGCAUGGCUGGUCUGUGCCCCACGACUCCUCAGGUAGCUGGUUCCAGCGAGGAGAGGAAGCUGCCUGCCCUUCCUCACGCGCACACGUGUGCUGCUCUGGCCAACCUGAUGCUUUUCUGCCGCAGAUUUGAAGUCGUCGGCUAUGGCUGCUCGACGUGCGUGGGGAACACAGGGCCCCUGUCGGACGCCGUCCUGAGUGCAGUGAAACAGGGUGACCUGGUUACCUGUGGAGUUCUAUCUGGAAACAAAAACUUCGAGGGCCGUCUUUGUGACUGUGUCCGUGCCACUUACCUUGCCUCUCCGCCCCUGGUGGUCGCGUACGCCAUCGCCGGCACCGUGAACAUAGACUUCCAGACAGAGCCUCUCG